AUGGGGACAAGUAGAUGUAAUCCCAGAGUGUACGGCGGAGGAAGCGUCUUCACUGCUAGUCAGCAUGGUGUGUGGAAGAGAAUGAUGUAUGCUCUACCGCUGCAAACAGUUUCAAGCUCUACCCAGUUCCGAUGGAUCCAACAUUCUGCUGGUCAUAUGGCCCCAAUGUGGUCCAUCGAUGAUGUGUACAUAGGCAUUAGAUGUCCCAAUAUAUGCAAUGGACAUGGAGCAUGUGGGUCUGACGGGCGAUGUCAAUGUGACCAGAAGUAUAUUGCCGAUGACAACUAUCACCCCUCACCCUCACCCACCACCCUCACCCUCACCCACCACCCUCACCCUCACCCACCACCCUCACCCACCACCCUCACCCACCACCCUCACCCACCACCCUCACCCCUCACCCACAACCCACCCUCACCCAUAACCCUCACUCACCACCCACCACCUUCACCCUCACCCUCACCCACCACCCUCACCCACCACCCUCACCGACCACCCUCACCCACCACCCUCACCCACCACCCUCACCCACCACCCUCACCCACCACCCUCACCGACCACCCUCACCCACCACCCUCACCCACCACCCUCACCCACCACCCUCACCCACCACCCUCACCCACCACCCUCACCCACCACCCUCACCCACCACCCACCACCCUCACCCACCACCCACCACCCUCACCCACCACCCACCACCCUCACCCACCACCCACCACCCUCACCCACCACCCACCACCCUCACCCACCACCCACCACCCUCACCCACCACCCUCACCCUCACCCACCACCCUCACCCUCACCCACCACCCUCACCCUCACCCACCACCCGCACCCUCACCCACCACCCGCACCCUCACCCACCACCCGCACCCUCACCCACCACCCGCACCCUCACCCACCACCCGCACCCUCACCCACCACCCACACCCACCACCCACCACCCGCACCCACCACCCACCACCCACCACCCUCACCCACCACCCGCACCCUCACCCACCACCCGCACCCUCACCCCGCACCCUCACCCACCACACCUUUUUUCGUUAA